AUGGCGGAAGCGACGACAUUACCAUCUGCCAAUAACAUAAUUUCUAGUGUUUCCAAUAGUACCAUCACUUUCACAGUGAAAGAACAGAUAACAGCUUAUGGUUCCAUAUAUGGUAUGGCACUGUUCUGUAUUGUUAUCGGUAGCAUUCGCUCUCUUUAUUUUGUGCAAAAGCAUAUGCGUAAAAAGCGACUCAUAGAAACUUCGAUAACAGUAAACGAAGCUAAAAAGUUUCCGUUAACAGCAUCUUGCGUUCUAUUUGGGCUUUAUAUUUUUUUCGGAUGCGAUGCUGAAUGCCGGCUGAGAAUCUAUUCAACAGUAAACAAUUAUUUGCCCCCAGAACUUUCAAAGCGUCUUGCAAUAUUCCCCUUGCUGACUAAUGCUACAGGUAUCUCGGUGGCAAUAGAAGGAGACUCUUCUAGAACGUUGUUGCAAAAGGCGUUACAUUUCUUGCCUCUCAUCAACCAAGUCAAUGUAAUGUAUUUGUUGUUGAUGUUGCUGUGUUGGGAAGGAUGUGUUGCUCUCGCUGCAAUUUUAAAGCCAAUAUUCUCAUAUGUUCUUCGUAAGCUUCCCAUUGGAAAUCAUCAGCCAAAAAUGAAUUAUCCAUAUUUUUGGUCACUGAAGAGAGGCAAGAUAGAGAUGGAAGAAGGUGACGUUGAAGAAGCAGCUAAUGAUGAUUUUGAAUAUGUUCUCAAAGUUGAGUGGGAUACUCACGACAUUGUUGCCAUACUUUGUUGCUUAUGUGUGGGUGUAUCACAUCUUUACAGAAGGCACUGGAUAACGAAUAACAUACUUGGUGUUGCUUUCUCGAUUUACGGUAUUGAAAGCAUACAUUUAUGUAGUUUUAAGGCGGGAACAAUGUUGUUGGCUGGACUUUUUAUUUAUGACGUUUUCUGGGUGUUCGCCACCGAUGUGAUGACCACAGUUGCUAAAGGCAUCGAUGCUCCAUUACUGCUUCAAUUCCCACAAGAUAUCUAUCGUUGUGGAUUAAAUAAUGCUGGCAAACAUGCAAUGCUCGGUUUGGGAGACAUUGUAAUACCAGGAAUAUUUAUUGCUUUACUUCGACGAUUUGAUCACUACAUUGGUUCGGGAGGUAGUUACAAGAAGCCGCGUCACUACUUCCUCAUAACCACGGUGGCAUACUGCUUUGGUUUGAUGAUUACAAUGGGCGUGAUGCAUUUUUUCAAGGCAGCACAGCCGGCAUUGCUUUAUUUAGUUCCAGCAUGUGUAUUAGUCCCGCUUUCGGUUGCUGGUAUCCGUGGUGAAGCAUAUGAAAUGCUUAGUUAUUGUGAAGAGCAUCUAAUCGAGAAAAAACAUUCGAAAAAAUCAAAGGAUGAGAAAAAAACUGACUGA